AUGGCUAUAUACUGUGAAGCUAAUUGUACUCGAGAGUCACUCGGAGCAUACGAGAAACGCAUGUCCUUGUUGUACCAGAGUGUCGACAAUGCGACAGUGGAACUGUUGCCACAAAAGGUUCAUGGAGAUGUGGAAUAUGACCAAUCCCGACCUGCCAAGGGAGGUGAACCAACACAACAAUUCCAAUCCGAUGGUACUGGCCCCUUAAAGGAUGGUUAA